UGUUGACCAAAGGACAUUUCAGCUUAUCUCUCUCUCUUAGAAAUUUCAGAAAGAAACUCUCUCUCGGAAUAUUUACGCUUUCCCUGUAAAAUCUGUCUGCUCUUUCCUUAGACCUUGGUCUCUGUUGAGAUCUCAGAUCGAUUUCUAGGUUCCAAUCGGAUUUCGUUUUCAUCAUCUCGUCUUCUGAAGCGGCGAGCUCCCCCCCGUCAUGGCCAAUCGCUACGAUCGUAAUCCCUUCGAUGAGGAGGAAGAAGUCAAUCCUUUCGCUAAUUCCGGAGGUGUCCCACCUGCGUCGAAUUCCAGACUUUCGCCUUUGCCUCCAGAGCCUGUUGGUUUCGACUACGGUCGUGAUGCAACGGUCGACAUUCCUCUCGACAGAUCAGGCCCCACUUCACAGAAUACGAAUUUGAAGAAGAAAGAGAAGGAGCUCCAAGCCAAAGAAGCUGAGUUAAGACGGCGGGAGCAGGAACUAAAGCGGAAAGAGGAUGCUGCUGCUCGAGCUGGAAUUGUUAUUGAAGUGAAAAACUGGCCACCCUUCUUCCCAAUUAUUCACCAUGACAUAGCAAACGAAAUUCCAAUCCAUCUGCAGAGGCUUCAAUAUGUUGCAUUUGCAACAUUUUUGGGUAUGGUUCUGUGCCUUUUCUGGAAUAUAAUAGCUGUUACUACAGCUUGGAUCAAAGGAGAAGGAGUGACUAUCUGGCUUCUCGCUAUUAUUUACUUUAUAGCCGGUGUCCCAGGAGCCUAUGUCUUAUGGUACCGACCACUCUAUCGUGCCUUCAGAACUGAAAGUGCAUUGAGCUUUGGAUGGUUUUUCUUGUUCUAUCUGCUCCACCUUGCAUUUUGCAUCUUCGCUGCAGUAGCUCCUCCGGUCGUCUUCAAAGGAAAAUCUCUUGCGGGUAUCUUGCCUGCAAUAGACGUUUUGAACAAGCACGCUUUGGUCGGGAUCUUCUACUUCAUCGGGUUCGGGCUUUUCUGCCUCGAAUCAGUAGUCAGCGUCUGGGUUAUUCAGCAAGUAUACAUGUACUUCCGGGGGAGCGGGAAAGCGGCCGAGCUGAGACGAGAGGCCGCAAGAGGCGCCUUGAGGGCGGCCGUAUAAAACGUUACGUUACAUCUUCUGAGCUUUGAGGUGUUGUGUUUGGUUUUGUUGAAUGUGUUAAUCUCAUUGUGAUAAUUGUCUGUGGCUGUCGGGUAGGUUUUUGGUCAGACAAUUGCAUCUGUGUUCGUAUGUUUAUGUUCUUUUCAAUGUAAAUGGAGUGUUUUUCAGGUUUGAGAGUUCAUACACACGCUCUGAAAACACAAUUCAUAUGGAUCGUUGUUUAAUGUCAUAAUGUCUUCACAAAA